UAGUAUAUUGAGACAUAUACGGGUUAAGGGUAUUACAUCGAUCGUCCCGGAAAAAUCUUGCUAGCAACAGCUUGUCCAACAGCUUGUCCAAACCAGCUUCUGAAUCAUCAAACAAGGAGGACACUGGAGUAAAACCAGAAAAACCUAAAACUCAGUUAUUUGUAAAGAUCAACAUGGAAGGAAUCCCUAUUGGAAGGAAAGUAAAUCUCAGCGCCUAUAAUAGCUAUGAGGAACUCUCACUUGCUAUAGAUGAACUGUUCAGUGGUUUGCUUGCAGCUCAAAAAGAUCCAUCUUCCACCCAAAACGAAAGCUCGAUCGAGGAAGCAGCCAAAGCAGAUGCGGGUUCCUUAGCUGCAAGUGGGGAAUAUACUCUAAUUUAUGAAGAUGAUGAAGGAGACAGGGUCCUUGUUGGAGAUGUACCAUGGCACAUGUUUUUUUCUACUGCAAAGAGGUUACAUGUACUAAAGAGUUCUGAAAUUUCAACUCCAUAAAUUUGCAGCAAUGAGAAAGAAAAGACCCCAUUUGAUCCUGCAGUUCAUAUUUCAAGGUAACUUUGUAGAAGAUGGUGAAUUUUCCUGUAUCUUUUCCAAGUGGAGGAGUUC